AAAUCAAACAACUUUUUGGCUACGAUCCCAUGUUUAAAUGGUAUUGUACGGGACUUGUGCUUAUACAAAUCACUUCGCUGUAUUUUUUACAAAACCAAUCAUGGCCAGCACUCCUGGUUAUAGCCUAUUGCUUCGGUGGUGUCAUAAACCAUAGCCUUUCUCUCGCUGUGCAUGAGAUUGCACAUAAUUUGAGCUUUGGACAUGCAAGACCGAUGGCAAAUCGUUUGUUCGGCUUCUUAUGCAAUCUUCCAUUGGGUGUUCCUAUGUCCAUUUCAUUUAAAAAGUAUCACCUUGAACAUCAUCGUUAUCAAGGCGAUGAAGUUAUUGACACAGACUUGCCGACACUUUUUGAAGCAAAACUUUUUUGUACAACAUUUGGAAAAUUCUGUUGGGUCUGCUUACAACCGUUUUUCUAUCUCGUCCGUCCGUUGCUAGUGAAUCCAAAGUCACCAACACGGCUGGAAAUUGUUAAUGCAAUAAUACAAAUAAUAUUUGAUUCAUUAGUUGUUUAUUGUUUCGGGUGGAAAAUGCUUGCUUAUCUGAUUAUUGGAACGUUAAUGGCCAUGGGAUUACAUCCUGUUGCUGGCCAUUUCAUAUCCGAACAUUACAUGUUUGCAAAAGGAUUUGAAACUUAUUCAUAUUAUGGUCCAUUAAAUAAAAUUACAUGGAAUGUUGGCUAUCACAAUGAACAUCACGAUUUUCCAGCUAUUCCUGGUUCAAGACUACCGUUGGUAAGAAAAAUUGCUCCAGAAUAUUAUGACGACUUACCGCAACAUGAUUCAUGGGUGAAAGUACUUUAUGACUUCAUCAUGGAUCCAGCAAUUGGACCGUACGCUCGAAUUAAACGCAAAACAAGAGGCCUCGCCUCAUAAAUUUGCUAGCAUUCCAUUUACACGGCUGAUAUCGAUUUUUAAAUGUGCCCUUCUUACACAUCAAUAUUGUCAUCUCAAAUAUUAAAAUUCUUUCUCAUCUGAAUAUUUAAUCUCUAAACAAACAAUUGAAAUUCUUUUUGUUUCAAUUGAAAUUCAAUUUUUAAUGUCGAAGUUUUUCGAAUCGCGAUAAAAUUUUCCCUUAUGAAAUUUAAAUAAGAAACUUAAGCGGUAUUAAUAAUCUUUACGAAACCAAAAUUUAAAUUAGAAAUGCUCAAAAAAAAGCUAUCAAUCCUUGUAAUCUUCUUGACUGAGAGACAUAAUUCAACAAAUCAUUCAUCCAUUUGUAUUCAUGUGAAGCACGAACCAAGCCUUUUUUAUUUGACUGAUAAUAAAUCUUUAGUUAGUCAUGUUUAAACUUAAACAUACCUCAAUGCCGCUUAUCAACAUACAGUUCAUUGUAGUUAAACGCUUAGAAACUGAACAAGAGAAAAAAGUGUUAAUGAAAUUUUUGGAUUGAUAGACAAAGAAGUGAUUUGAAAUUUAUCGUGUUAGUUAUUUGAUACGAUUGUUAAGAAUGCAGCUGAAAAACUAUAAUUAAAUGAUAUGUAAUUACAGUUUCUGUAAUGAACAUGCUAGUGAAAUUUCGUGCAAAGAAUUCGCGUUAUUUUCUGAUAUAAUUAUUUCUACUCCCCUAUCAGCUCAUCUGAGUAAUUAAAUUGCUUAUUUAAAUGUUCAAGUCGCUUAGCUUCAUUGUGUUAAAUAUUUAGUUUAGACUUUUUAAUUUUGUUAUUGAUAAUUGAGAAAUCUCAAAUCACAAAUUUUGACCAGCUUCAAAUAUCACAGAAUCUAAUGUUUUAUAA